AUGGCAAGUUCACCGUCAGACAAAUCUACCACAAGCAAUCCCAGUACACCGGUCACCCCGGGCGACGAAACGACGAUGGAAACGAAUUCACCACUCUUGUCUCCCCAGUCGAUGGCCAAUGCAGCAUUGGCGAACGCUGUGUUCGCUCAACAAGCGCAGCGAACGGUAAAGUUGGCAUUUACCCAAGAGAAGGACAUACCUGUGAACGAAAAUGGCGAGACCGAACGACGAAAGCAGUUCAGCGACGACAACAAAGACGAAGAACGGAAUAACUGUAGUCACCAGCAGCUCGACAAGAACAAUGCCGUUGAAAGCAUUGUCAAGGAUCCGAAAUCUCGAAUCGAAGCGAUUUGGGGUAGCUCCAACUCAGACCAUACAAACGCCUGGAAGACAACAGCCGAACUCAUUCGUUCCGAAAUUGAAGCCUUGCUUAAACUCGGUACCGAGGCCUACCAAGCCGCCGAGUUCCAAGCUCGGGAAAGCAAGCUUCUCCAGGACGAGCUUGACGGUAAAGACGACGAGUUGGAACGGCUUCGUCUAGCCGAAUCGAAAGGCCGAGCUACUAUUGUGGCUGUUAAAAACCUGCAAUGCUCUCCUUUAACAAUGCGUCGUUAUACACUUGUUUUCAUCCCAUUCCGACAGAACUUGCUGCGCCAAGGAGAAACGUCCAAGGUAGACGCUCGAGAUGCCUCUCGUGCUGCUGUUUCGGAAGCUGGACUCCGUGCCGAACUGGGUGUCGUCACAGCGCAAAAGAACGAAUCGCUGGGGCAGGCGGAGGGGCAUAAACGCAAGGCCACUCUGUAUGAAGACGAGCUUCGUCAAGUCAAAACAAAACUAGCACGCGUUGUCCAAGAGAAAAUCCGAAUAGAACGCGAUCAUCGUGCGACGCUUUCGUUGGCCAAAAGUUUUGAUAGCCACGUUUCAUCCGAUGUGGAUUACUACAAACGAAAGGUCUCGGAGUUGAACGGGUACGUGCAGAACUUGAACGCUGUAGUGGCCGAAAAGAAUCGCCAAAUCGAGGACUUGCGUCGGCAGAUCGAGCGCUCCAUGUCUCAGAACCGUCUCGCCCAAUUUCGCGCCGACACCCCGGAUACUUUGACGAAAUAA